GCGCCGGAGGGUCCGCAGGCGGCGGGCCAGCUGCACAGGGCGUGCGCCGGCGGUGACCCAGCGGGGGCGGGGCCCGGAGCGGCAGGCCGGGAGCCGAGAGCCGCAGUUUAGAAGUCGAGGCGCUCACAGCUAUGGGCUUGGGGUCUCGAAGAGCUCCAGGGCCUCCUGCUUUGCUGCUGCUGCUGCUGCUGCCGCCACGGCUACUACUGUGGCAGGUGUGGGGUGCCGAGACUCUUCUCGGAAACGCCCCUGGAGAGCCAGUCACCCCUCACUGGGUCCUGGAUGGACAACCCUGGCCCCCGGUCACCCUGGAGGAGCCGGUCUUGAAGCCAGACAAGGGGCUUGUAGCCUUGGAAGCUGAAGGCCAGGAGCUCCUGCUGGAGCUGGAGAAGAACCACAGGCUGCUGGCCACAGGAUACACAGAAACCCAUUAUAGGCCAGACGGGCAGCCAGUGGCGCUGGUCCCCAACCACACGGAUCAUUGUCACUACCAUGGGCGUGUAAGGGGCUUCCCUGACUCCUGGGUAGUCCUCAGCAUCUGCUCUGGGAUGAGGGGCCUGAUCACUCUCAGCAGCAAUGCCAGCUAUUAUGUGCACCCUUGGCCAGCUGGGGAUGUGGAGGACGCCUCAACCCACAGGAUCUUCCGGACAGAGCAGCUGCUUAGCUGGAAAGGGGCCUGUGGCCACAGGGAUCCUGGAGGCAAAGGGAACAUGAUCAACCUCUUUCGUGCCACCCAGAUCAGGGACAGGCGGGAGGCCCGCAGAAGCCUGAGGUACCUGGAGCUGUACGUAGUGGCGGACCACACCCUGUUCUUGACCCAGCACCGGGACUUGAACCACACCAAACAGCGUCUUCUGGAGAUCGCCAACUAUGUGGACCAGAUUCUCAGGACUCUGGACAUUCAGGUGGCCCUGACUGGCCUGGAAGUAUGGACUGAGCAGGACCAGAGCCGGGUCAUGCCGGACGCAAACGCCACACUCUGGGCUUUCCUGCAGUGGCGCCGGGGGCUGUGGGUGCGGCGGCCCCACGACUCCACGCAGCUGCUCACGGGCCGCGCAUUCCGGGGGAACACCGUGGGCCUGGCGCCCCUCGAAGGCAUGUGCCUCGCAGAGAGCUCUGGAGGCGUGAGCACGGACCACUCGGAGCUCCCCAUCGGCGCUGCAGCUACCAUGGCCCACGAGAUAGGCCACAGCCUUGGCCUCAGCCACGACCCCGAAGGCUGCUGCGUGGAGGCGGCAGCUGAGCCCGGUGGCUGCGUCAUGGCAGCGGCCACUGGGCACCCGUUUCCCCGCUUGUUCAGCGCCUGCAGCCGCCGCCAGCUGCGCGCCUUCUUCCGCAAGGGAGGCGGAACCUGCCUCUCCAACGCGCCGGACUCGGGGCUCCCGGUGCCCAGCGCGCGCUGCGGGAACGGUUUCGUGGAGGAGCGCGAGGAGUGCGACUGCGGUGCGGGCCAGGAGUGCUCCGACCCCUGCUGCUUCGCCCACAACUGCUCGCUGCGUGAGGGGGCCCAGUGCUCCCACGGGGAUUGCUGCUCGAGCUGCCUGCUGAAGCCGGCGGGCGCGCCAUGCCGUCGGGCUGCGGGAGACUGUGACCUCCCUGAGUUUUGCACGGGCGCCUCUCCCUACUGUCCCCCAGACAUUUACCUGCUGGAUGGCUCGCCCUGCGCCAGCGGCCGCGGCUACUGCCGGGAUGGCGCGUGUCCCACGCUCGAGCAGCAGUGCCAGCAGCUCUGGGGGCCUGGGUCCCGCCCAGCACCAGAGGCCUGUUUCCACGUGCUGAACUCGGCAGGAGACGCCAGUGGCAACUGCGGCCGGGAGGAAGAGGGCAGCUCCUCGCCUUGUGCGAAGAGGGAUGCGCAGUGUGGGAAGCUGCAGUGCCAGGGCGGGGAGCACAGUCCACGGGCACCACACACGAUGCCGGUGGACUCUACCAUCCGCUUAGGCAGCCUCGAGGUGACCUGCAGGGGAGCCUUCCUGCUCCCUGGUGCCCAGCUGGACCUGCCUGACUUGGGCCUGGUAGAGCCCGGCACCCAGUGUGGACCUACAAUGGUGUGCCAGGACAGGCGCUGCCAGAACACUACAUUUCAGGAGUUACAACGCUGCCUGACCACCUGCCAUGGCCAUGGGGUUUGCAACAGUAACCGUAACUGCCACUGCGAUCCGGGCUGGGCCCCACCCUCCUGUGACAAGCCAGGGCUGGGUGGUAGCAUGGACAGCGGCCCCAUGCGGCCUGAAAACCACUACGCAUUGCUGCCGGCAAUGAUCCUGAGCUUUCUGCUGCCUCUGCUUCCUGGGGCCGGCCUGGCCUGGUGCUGCUACCGGCGGCAGUGGAGGUCCCAGCUCCAGCAAUGCCUCUGCGGCUCAAGGAGGAACAGUGGGCCCAAGGAUGGCCCACGCAGGCACCACCCUCUGGGCAGUGUUCACCCCAUGGAGUUGGGCCCGAUGACCACUGGAGAGCCCCAACCCCUUGGCCCUGUGAUCUCUGCCAGAGCUCAACAGCCACCUUGAGAAACCUAUGCCCUGCACCCCAAGCAGGUCAAGUCCAGAAGCCAAGCUACUGUGUCUGGUGAGAGGCGAACACCCACUGAGAGCCACUGCAGGCGCUUGGACCACCAGGGGCAGAGCCAGCAAGCCGGCUGACCCCCUGCACCUUCAGGCAGUGUUGCAAGUUUCUUCCCUGAGUUACCUCCCCUCUGCCCACUCCAGAACCCCACUCCGGAGCCUCAUCAGAAUUUGCCCAACGCUGUCCCUGUUUCUUUGGGCCAGGGAUCAUGCAAGCCCAAGAAUCCAUCUGUGACGUAAAACUUCCAAGUCUGAGAGGCCAAAGAAAGCAGCUGGCAACUCCAUCAUAACCAGUUUAUUAAGGGAACUCAUAUACAAGGCACAUCUCGGGCAGCUGCAAGACCAAGUGGAUUUCUGUCACACCGAGUGGCAGGCCCUAAAGAGCUAUACAGGACAUAGGAGGAUGGGUACGGGUGCUGGGGUGUGACCCACCCCGGAGAAGGGAAAACACCUUACACGCUGGCCCAGGGAAGCACAAGGGCCCGUUCCAGGAACCAGCAAGCCUGGGGCGAAGGGGAGGGGUGACCAGACAAUCUCUGGGGGGUUUAUUGGAAGCAAUCUCUGUUCUGACCCAGAGGAUCUAGCAGUGGUCAGGAAGCGGUCAUGUCAUGCAACAGUCUCUCCUUCACACCAUCAGUCCAAGGAGCAGAGGUCACUUAGUCACCAACCUCCGAUCACCAGGGGAGGCAGGGUCACACUGGGCACUGGGAGAGGCAUCUGUCUGGGAGCCUGAGGAUGUGGGCUCCAUGCACUUCCCGCAGACUCAGCUCUGCAGAGCACAGUGGCUGCUGGGCCGGAGCCUGGAUGCGGGGAACCUACAUUUCAGAUCGAGUCCACUUCCCUGGAGCCUGGUCCCUGCAAAACAAACACAAUCCUUAGGACCCCCCUUCCUCCCUCUUCCUGCCCUGUCUUGUCCCCCAGAUGUUUCCUCAGCCCCAGCCCAUUCCUAGUCUUGCACCUGAGGAUUUGGAGGAGGGUGGGGUAUACGGCAGCCCCGCACUUCGGACAUUACUGAGCCUUUCCUCCAUUCCCUGGGAGGGGACAGAGGGAGCCAUUUUAGAAAGGGCACUAAAGGGCCUCUGUGUCUUUUCUGUCUGGGAAUUCAAUGCCGUGGGGCUCCCUGAGGGGUGAUGGCUGGUGGGUGGAGCCUCAGAUGGCAGUCAGGCCCCAGAUGGACCUGGGCAUAGAAUGGUGCUGCCUUGCUUGAAGGAUCCCUUGGCCCCAGCUCACCUGUCUCCUUGGACAUUCCCAGAAGCCACUUUUUCUCUCCCCUUACUUCAAGAGUUGCCGAGUGGUUUUCUGUAUCAGUCAGCUGUUGCUGCAUGACAAUACUCCCCCAAAACUUAGUAGCUUAAAACAACAACCAAUUCUGUGGACUGGCACAUUAGUUGAAAUCAGCUGGUGGUUCAUUUGGUCUCAGCACAGCCCACUUACACGUUUGCUGUCAACUGCUGGUCGGCUAGGCAGGUCCGCCCUGGGGCGGCUGGGGGGUGGCUGGGCUGAGGGGGAUGGAUGUGCCGCAUGUCUCUCAUUUUCCAGCAGGCUGGCCCAGCCUUGUUCAUGUGACAGCUGGGGAGGUUCUAAGACAGCAGGAUUAGGAUGAGGUAUGUGUGCCAGCUUACCUUGGGCACACACAGAAAAAAUAAUCAAGAUAAGCAAUGAUUUGAAAAUUAGUGACAGAAAUCUAUGAUGAACAAAAUAUCAAAAUUUCAAGUACAAACAGGAUCGCUAACAGCGUCACACCAAACCACAUGGGAGCCAGAGGCAAAAGGAAAAACUGUGAGGAUCCUGAGGCCAGUUCCUCUCUCACCUCCUCCUGCAAGAGAUUAAUCAGAAGCUUGCUAGGCCCCUUGAGACUUCACGACUAGCUCAUGUUAACAACCAUAACACUCUAUGGGCAAGUCACAGGGCCAGCCCAGGUACUGGGGACUGGGAAAAAAACAACAACAAACACCUCUUAAUGGGAAGAGUGGCAAAACCCUAUUUCAGAGGGUGUGAAGAGCUGGGGGUCUUGGCAAGUGUCUGCUCCCUGCACUGGCAGCACAGAAGAGGCAGGUCCGUCUGUUCCUUCCUCCCCCCCCCCCCCACCCCACUCACCCCAGGCUUGCUUUAGCUCUGCUCUGCCAGCCCAAGAAGCUGAAUGAAACUGUUUACUAAAGCCCUUACCGUGUUCUUUGUAUCUGUGGGAUUUUGAUUUACAAAGAGGACCGAGUGCUGCCGUGGAGAGGUUAAUGCCACUGAAAGAAGUUCUUAUCGCUUACAGUCCCCAAGAAAAGGGGGCACGCAGGGCCACAUGGGAAGCACCAGGCUGUGAGAAAGACUGAGGAACUACCGCGGACUGCAGGAAACUGAGGCAGCGUGACCACGGAGUGCCAUAUGGGCUCCUGGAUUGGAUCUUGGACCAAAAAGGACAUUAGUGGGAAAACUGGAGAAAUUAAAAACGCACCAGUGUUCAUGUCCUAGUUUUAACAAUUACACUGUGGUUAUGUCAGAUGUUAGCACGGGAGGACACUCACUGGGUAAAAGGCAUAAAGGAAACACUAAUAUUUUCGCAACUUUUCUUCAAGUCUAAAAUUAGUUAACAAUAAAAGUU